AAUGACGCAUUUCCGGCCUGGGUUUGUUUUCCUGUCACCAGUUAAAGAGAGAACUAAAGGCCGUGAUCACGGGUAUGUGGUGUCUGUAGUGGCCUGUUCGGGGUCUCGUUUGUGGAAGAGGGUGGCAGUGCGCCCCGUUUUUCCCUUCUUUAAAAAAAAAAAAGUUCGAGCUGGACGGUCCAGAGACUGAUGGCUGCGGGUGCCGGGCUUUGUACGGUGAAAGUGGAGGACUCACCUGGGAGUCAGAGGUUCUCCGGAUCCGGGGAUUGGCAGAACCCCGAAACUUCUCGAAAACAGUUCAGGCAGUUGCGCUACCAGGAAGUGGCCGGCCCGGAGGAGGCGCUGAGCCGACUCUGGGAGCUCUGUCGGCGGUGGCUGAGGCCGGAGCUGCGCUCCAAAGAGCAGAUCCUGGAGCUGCUGGUGCUGGAGCAGUUCCUCACCAUCCUGCCGCAGGAGCUCCAAGCCUGCGUGCGGGACCACUGCCCCGAGAGCGGGGAGGAGGCUGCGGCCUUGGCGCGGACUCUACAAGGAGCACUGGACCGGGCUCCACCCCAAGGCUUUGUGACGUUCAAGGAUGUGGCUGAAUCUCUGACCUGGGAAGAGUGGGAGCAGCUGGCUGCAGCUCGGAAGGGUUUCUGCAGAGAGAGCACAAAGGAGCCUGGGAGCAUCGUUCUGCCUGGCUUGGAAACCAGCGCUUCGAGCACAGACUGGAUUCCAAAGCAAGAAACUUUAAAGGAAGCAGAGCCACAGGCAUGGACACAAGACGUAUCCCAAGGAAAGGUCCCACGAUUUACUAAGGGUGGUGACACCCUUGAGGACUGGGAAGAAAAGCAGCCAAAAGACACUGUAGCGCUGCAACUCCAGAGCGCUGCUGAGGAGCAAGGACGAACCACCAUCUCACAUCUCACUGGUGUGUCCAAGGAAGAAGGAGUUUCUAAAAAUAGUGAACUGGGCAACAGUGCCAGCUUUGGCCUUGGUCAGCACAGCCAGACAGCAAAGAGGCUCAGUACCAGUGGUGAAUAUGGGAACGACCACAAACAAGGCUUCCAUGGGAAAUGCCAUGCAGUGAAACCUCACAACCCUGUGGACAGUAGUUUGGGGCUCCAUGAAGACAAACCCUAUAAAUGUGACAGCUGUGAGAAGAGGUUCAGACAGCGCUCAGACCUUUUUAAACACCAGCGGACCCACACAGGCGAGAAGCCCUAUCAGUGCCACGCAUGUGGGAAAAGCUUCAGCCAGAGUACCGCCCUUGUUAAACACCGGCUGACACACACCGGGGAGAAGCCGUACGCAUGCCCAGAAUGUGGGGAGUGCUUCAGGCAGAGCUCACAUCUCAGUCGGCAUCAGAGAACCCAUGCCAGUGAGAAGUACUAUAAAUGUGAGGAAUGUGGGGAGAUCUUUCAUAUCUCCAGCCUUCCUAAACAUCAGAGACUACACAAAGGGGAGAGACCGUAUAAAUGUGAGCACUGCGGAAAGAGCUUCAGACAGCGCUCAGACCUCUUCAAGCACCAGAGAAUCCACACGGGAGAGAAGCCCUAUGUGUGUUUUGUCUGUGGGAAAAGCUUCAGUCAGAGUGCAACCCUCAUUAAACACCAGAGAACUCACACCGGAGAAAAGCCUUACAAAUGUCUUCAGUGUGGUGAAAGAUUUAGACAGAGUUCACACCUUGUCCGACACCAGAGAAUCCACCGAACUAGAGUCUCCUAGCUUUCAUAUGUCUCUGCGUGACUCAUGUGGUGGGUUUGCUAUUGCUGCUAUUUCUGAGAAAAAGGUCUCACUGUGCAGCCUUGGCUGACCUGGAAGUAGCUAUGUAGACCAGGCUGGCCUCAAACUUGUAGAUCAACCUGCCUCCACAUCUGCCUCCUGAGUGAUGAGAUUAAAGGUGUACGCCGCCGUGCCCAGCAUGACUUGUGUUUUAAUUGUUCAGUUGUUUCUUUAUCCAGAAACUACGUUCUUUGUCAUUUGGAACAUUUCAGUCACUCAUAGACAGAUUUCCCUAGGCCUCUCACAUUAGACAGAUUAGGUCUGAUUUGAACCAUUUUUGUUUGUUUUUUGAGACAGUCUCAUUAUGUAGUUCUGGCUGUCCUGGAAUAUACUAUGUAGACCUGGCU